AUGUUCGCCUGGCUCUUCGGCUCGGAUACAAAGGCUCCAAUCUUCCUCAGAAUUCGGAGCUCCAAGACUUUCAUCAUCCUGACCGUCUCUUCUUCCAUCUUCACGGACAGUGAGUUCGUCACGUCAAAGUACCUUCGCAAUCACGAAGCUCACAAAACAUAGUCUUCGCAUAUGGCAUUGUGGUUCCAGGUAAACCAAGAACCCUACAUCGCAUUCGCCACCCAAACUCCAUCUAACCCGCUACAGUCUUCCCUUUCGCCCUCACAUCCAGAGCGGGAAUCGAUCCGAAAAACAUACAGACAUGGCUCUCCAUCUUCCUUGCCGUGUACGGAGCAUCUCUGCUGAUAUGCUCGCCCAUAUUCGGAUGGCUUGGCGACCGGAUGAAGUACCGACAGAUACCAUUCCUGAUCGGUCUGCUCCUCCUCGGUGGCUCGACAGUCAUGUUGUGCGUGGGUAACAGCAUAGCCGUCUUUGCUGUUGGCAGAAUCCUGCAAGGAGCAAGCGCUGCUGUCGUCUGGGUGGUCGGUCUCGCUUUGCUCGUCGAUACCGUGGGACCGGAAGAGAUUGGCAUUGCAAUGGGAUACAUCGGUCUGUCCAUGAGCAUGGCCAUCCUUCUGGCACCACUCCUCGCAGGUGUCGUCUUUGCGAAUGCUGGAUAUUACGCUGUUUUUGCCAUGGUCUUUGGCUUGAUCAUCGUGGACAUUAUCUUGCGUUUCGCAAUGAUCGAGCAGAAGUACGCAAGGAAAUGGUUAUCUGAAGAGCCUUCUUUGGAGCAGGAUGAGCCUUCAGUCGAGGAGCAAGGCGCAGGCGCAGAGACAGACGUUGAAGCGCAAGAUAUUGAAGAGAAGUCGUUGAAAGAAGGACGAGCCAGUGGCCAGGAGCCCGAGACAUAUGUUGAACUUGCGUCGCCAAAGGAUGUUGCCCGCGAACGGGCAGUGGGCGCCACAAUCGCACCGAACGCCCCCACCACUAUCCAAAAAAUCGUUUCCCGCCUCCCGCCAGUCGUAACCCUCUUCGGAUCUCGUCGCCUUCUGGCAGCGUUCUGGGCCAGCACCAUCAAUUCCGCCCUCAUGACCUCUUUUGACUCCAUUCUACCUCUCUUCACGAAGAAUACUUUUGGCUGGAACUCCACAGGCGCAGGGCUCAUCUUCCUCCCGAUUGUCACGAGCUCUUUCCUCGAACCCUUCAUCGGAAAACUGUCCGACAAAUACGGACCUCGAUGGAUUGCGAUGUCCGGUUUCCUCGUUGCAGGCCCUUUCCUGAUCUUGCUGAGAUUGGUAGACCAUGACAGUAUUGGACAGAAAGUGAUGCUUUGUGCCUUCUUGGCUAUGAUUGGAUUGGGACUGGCGUUGGCUUUGACUCCGCUGUGAGUAUGGCCCAAUUUUCCUUGCUUGUUCUAUUCACCAAAGACUGACAAGCGGUGCACAGAAUGGCAGAAUUCAGCUAUGCUGUUGAAGCCAAAGCGAAGCGUCGACCAGCUGGCUUCUUUGGCAAGUACGGAGCCUACGCUCAAUCCUAUGCUCUCUUCAACAUGGCCUGGGCGGCAGGCGCCAUGAUCGGUCCUUUGCUGGCUGGACUGACAAGCGAAGCAUCCGGCUGGCCGACCGCGACUUUGAUUCUAGGGUGUGUCGCACUUUUCACCGCGAUCCCCACAGCCAUCUGGACCGGCGGUAGCAUUUUCAAAGAGCGACAGCAGAAGAAAGACAAAAUCGCACGAUUCAGUGGCACUGAUGUGGAAACCACAUGA